AUGCAACAGCAGCAGGCCCCUAACCCUCCGGGCUACGGCCCUCCCGUAACAGCGCCAGCCCCCCGACGACCACUCUCCCCAGCGCCUUCAUACCACACUCUCCCCCCAGACACGGAAGCCACCUUAUCGUCAACAUCCACAUCUCGCAGCAGCAACAACAACAACAACAAUAACGCCCUCCUCAACGCCGCGCGCACCGCCCCAGACGCCAUACUCAGCCACCUCAUCCUCAGCAACCACCCAGCCCCGCCCUCCAAACACCUCAACCUCGGCGCCAAUGGCGCCAACGGCGGCUCCGGCACCGCGCGCCACCUCAGCGCCAGCUCCGCGGACGGCAAAGGGCGCUACCGCGUCUCCUUCCCCAGCAGCAUGGAGGCGCGCGUGGGGAAGGUGGUGGGCGGCGGGCCAGGAGGGUUGGCGGUGCAGGAGGACAUCGCGAGCGUGCAGUACAGUAGUCGCGGCUUCAAGGUGGUGGAGUUGACGGUGGAGGCCGGGGUGAAGAGACGCGAGGUGGUGGUGUUGGAGGUCGGGUAUGAGGAGUUGCAGGCGCAGAGGGGAAUGCGUGUCGGUAUGCGCGUAGGGGGGGUGGAGAGGGGGCUAAGAUGGGUGGUUGUGGGCGUUGGGGAGGAGGAGGCUGGCCUGGCACCGUCGGGAGGUGAUGGGAGGCGCAAGUCCGGCGAGAGGGGAGGGUCCGGCCGACUUCCGGCCGGGGCGCAUGAGAAGCGCAGGCAGCAGGCUGCCUUCUCGGCCUUGCGGCUGGUGGACGCCGAGGGAAACGUUUAUGCCGAGUACAGCCAUGAGGUGGGCCUGCCGAGCGUGAUGAGCGAGGAGCGCUGGGGUCGUGUGAGCAUCAGGAGUCGGGUGGUGAUGCUAGAUGAGGGGGUGGAUCGGGCGUUUGUCACGCUGGCGGCGCUGCUAGAGUGCUACGUGAGGAUUUUUGGGCAGGUCAGGAAGGAGGAGCGGCAUUGGGGGAACUUUGCGGGCGGUGUGGCUUGUUCUGUGAUGUGA